AGCUUUCAUCUGUAAUGUGUGUGUGGAAAAUGACAAAAGGGACGAAGCUUUCUCGUUCUGGAAUUCACCGUGUUGGAUUCUGCGAAAAGCCUGACCGGGAGAACAAAUACACACACUUCCACUUACACUCACAAACAAGGACCCACAUAUGAUGGGUAAUUGGAAAACGGGUCAAUUAGGAAGUUUUUCAUCCGGAGAAGACGACCCACUCAGUCUGGAUACGGGACAGCAUGGAAGUUCACUCGAAUAAACUUGCGAAAAUAAUUACACCGGAUGGGGUGCCAUUAAAAAGUUUGUGCGGCACACUGUGAAGCUGGAUAUCAUUUCGAAUAUAGCCGAAAGCUCUUUGGCGGGUACCGGAUAACGCCUAAGUUUUGCAACGCCACGCGGUCCCUGCUGAAGCGUGACUCGGAGCGGCGCGGACCGACGAUCUGCAUGUUCAACCACGAGUGCUUCCAGCGGCAGGGCGAGGUCGUGGGCGCCUGCAUGGACGGGUUCCUGUUCGGGACGUGCUGCGAGUUGCCGCUGUCGAACGAGGUGGCCGCCUCGACGGACUCGCUGCUGGAGAUGAUCAACUACACGAACGUCGACGAGGCGGACAGCACGUCGCAGUCUCCGCUGAGUUCGGCGAUUGCCAGCCAGUACGAAAAGUUUGGCAGCCAGUUGAGUGCUUCGGGGUACAAUCCGAUGGUGUCGUACGAGCCGGUUAGGCUGGAGGAGUCUCCGAGCAAGGAUGGCAACGGGUCGACGAGCGCUCCGUUGAAGAUCAAGCGGAAGAAGCCGGUGUUUGACAAGUUGCAUAAUAAUUAUAUUACGAACGAUGAUCUGGACGAGGAUAUCGUGCUGAACAGCUUGAACUCGCACAAGUACGAGAUGGCGAAUGGAGCCGUUUCGGUGUACUCACCGUCGACGUCUAAUAUUAAGUCGGAAGAGAUUGAAAUUGCUACGACCGUGCCACCACCACCGAUUCAGGAGGAUGUUUCCUUUGUGCAGAUUAAUAACCACAAUGUGUACAGUUCGGAGAUUCCUACCUCGUUGAACGCUUACAAUGAUGAAGUGUCGGACUCGAAUACGGCCCCUUCCGCGCCAAGUUACGAGUCGAGCACGGACAUAACCUCAACCGGAGUGCAGAUCAUUGCGAAUCAGAUCUACCAGGAGAAUCAACUGUUUGACCACAGCGACAUUACCCAUCCGGAAGCCGAAACGGUGCUGAUCAACGAAAACGGUGCUGUCGACCAAAGUUACGCCAAUCCUGCCGAUUUCGACGUCGAAGAAAUCGCCACGGAGGUGCUGACCACAGAGAAACCAAUCAGAAUCACCCCUCCAAAGCCCCAGUUCAAACCUAAACCUAAGCCAACGCAAGCAACCGAACCAAACAAAUACGUACUUGUACAUACCAUUUCUAGUGACUCCAAAGAUAGCGAGAACCAAACCUCGAAGCCGACCGUUUCGGUUAACAACAUUCACUCGAUCAACUCGAUCAUACUGAUGCUGAACGAAACGAACCUUGGACCUCAGUACGAUACGGACGACGAGGAGACCAAGCAAGACGCAAUCCUCACGACGACUGUUUCGACGACCACCACGACGACAAGCACGACAGCUCCCAGUACGACCAGUGCUGAACCGACCGCCCCCGACACGACUUCCGCCGCAGUUACGUACGCGACCUCGUCGAUCGACUACGACAAGUACGGUCCGACUAGCUUCUACAUCACGAAACCCCAAAAAACAAGCCCACCAACCACCCAGCUAUCCACUAAGGUCCCUUCGACCAGCUACGUGUACAGUCCAAAGCCUACGAGACGGCCCAUUCUGGAACCGGUUGUAGUCCAAGCUACCUUACUGACGAACGGAUACGGUACGACGGCUGUUACGCAAAACGAACCAGCUGUCGCCGUAUCGACCGUUCGUCCACCACCCAACAAAAUUGUCAUCACAGCUGGACCGCCGCCAUCUCAGCGGCCCGUCCUCAUCACUAGCGAAGGCGAGCAUGCCGUUUCAUCCGGAUACUACACUGUCUCUACUGGACCACCUGCAGCGCCUGUUGCAGUCUCUACUGUUCAACCCACCAAGAAAGUGACGCCCACCAAGCAGCGUCCCGUUUCCUCCACCAUCCAACUCCCGGAAUACAUCGUCCAAUCGUCCACACUGUCCCACCAGUCCCCGCCAGCGCUGGCCAACGUAAACUACGUCCACAUCUCCAGCGCAUCGGACAACCCGUCCCCAACCGUUCACAUCACUCCGAAACCCGUACCCGGACUCGUAACAUCCAGCACGUGGAACCAGAAGCUCACCAGUCCCAUUGGCAACCAACGGCCAGGAUUCUACGAAAAUACCCCACCACCAGUGUACGUGUCUUCGCUGGCCGACUUCGAAGAUGAAGGCUACUUCGGAGUCACCAAACGACCCGGCGCCAGACCCACGGUCUCAUCCACUGCCAUCUACACCCUUGUCGACAACAGCCAGAUGCUCAACAGCUUCGCUUCAUCCACGUACUCCCCGUACGGACCAACGGCCGGCUACCCGUCCAUGAACCGCAUCCCACCGAACGUUCAACCCAGUCAGAUCUACAUCGCCGCGCAGCCGAUCGAAUCGUCGACUAUCAAGAACGAACUCUACACCACCCCCGAUGACAUCAACAACUUCCCGCCGGUGCGCAACCCCAACCUCAACCUCACCGACUCGACCAUGAUGACCAACAUGACCAAGAUCCAGAACGACAACUUCAAGGACGAGGACAAGGUCAACAUGCUGGUCAACAAGAUUGUCGCCACGUUCAACGGAAACUUUGAUGAACUGGAAGCCAUCUUGAAGGAGCGGAAGAACCUUACGUUGAGCACGACUACAACCACCACUGAAGCUACAACCACCACGGAGAGAGUCAAACUUACCAGUUCCACGAGCAAGCCAGUGACCAAGAAGAAGAAGAAGCGACCAAGCGGCAGCAAGAAGCCUUCCAACGGAACGUCAUCCUCAUCGACCGGCGUCAAGAAACCAACGACCACGAAGCCUUCCGUCAUCCAGCAGGAUGCUGCCUCCACAACCCUACGACCAUCGCCGAAGCCAUCGAAGAAACCAUCCAAGAAACGGCCCAGCAACUCCACCAAACCCUCCACCUCAUCAUCUUCCAAACCAGUGCAAACCACAUCGCUGUCCAACGCCAGCCCAACGAAACCAGCCAAACCCUCCAGCUCCAAGCCGAAACCAUCCAGCUCAGCAACCUCAACCCGACCAAAGCCCCCAACCAGCGUAGUCUCGAAACCAUCCGCCGACGUCGAGCGACCACCAACCACGGUCUCCAAGCCCGCAUCCACCACCAAGAAGCCCGUGCGGACAUCCACCUCGAAGAAGCCUUCCGGAACGAAGAAGCCCACCAGCCGACCGACGCUCGCCGACACCGAACCCGUGACGGUGACCACAACCCGCAAACCCACCAAGGCGACGAAGCGUACCACGAAGCGACCGACGACGACGACGACGAGCACCACCACCACGACACCGGCCCCGGAGGACGAGAUCAUCGACGAGGAGGAGAACGUCGUCGAGGAGGAGGAGGAAGAGGACGAGGACGUCGGCGAGGAGACCAACGAGACGGGCCAGGAUCUGCAGGGGUCGCGGAAAAUACUUUGCGGUCAGCGGCCACUGAUGAAGAGUGCGCGCGUGGUCGGCGGCAAGGCGGCCAAGUUUGGCGAGUGGCCCUGGCAGGUGCUGGUCCGCGAGUCGACCUGGCUUGGACUGUUCACCAAGAACAAGUGCGGCGGCGUGCUCAUCACGAACGAAUACGUCAUAACGGCUGCCCAUUGUCAGCCAGGCUUCCUGGCCUCGCUGGUGGCGGUGUUUGGGGAGUUUGACAUCUCGAGCGACCUGGAGGCGCGCCGAUCGGUGACGAAGAACGUGAAGCGGGUGAUCGUGCACCGGCAGUACGACGCGGCCACCUUCGAGAACGACCUCGCCAUUCUGGAGCUGGAGAGCCCGAUCCACUACGAUGUUCACAUAGUGCCAAUUUGCAUGCCAUCCGACGAGGCGGACUUUACCGGACGAAUGGCCACCGUGACCGGCUGGGGCCGGUUAACGUACGGUGGCGGUGUGCCGUCGGUGCUACAGGAAGUGCAGGUCCCAGUGAUAGAGAACAGCGUCUGCCAGGAGAUGUUCCACAUGGCUGGCCACAACAAGAAGAUCCUGUCGUCGUUCGUUUGUGCUGGCUACGCGAACGGCAAGCGAGAUUCGUGCGAGGGUGACAGCGGUGGCCCGCUGGUGCUGCAACGCCCGGACGGUCGCUACGAGCUGGUCGGCACGGUGUCCCACGGGAUCCGGUGCGCCGCUCCGUACCUGCCCGGCGUGUACAUGCGGACGACGUUCUACAAACCGUGGCUGCGGAGUGUCACCGGCGUCAAAUGAGGGACCCGGGGUGAAGUUCUAACAAGGGUGCUCUAGGACCUACUAUUCUACUCUGUGACUUCUAAAGUUUCCUUUCCAUCUUUUAGACGCCUUGUUUCCAAAACAGUUGAAUUAGUUUGUAAUUGUUGCGGUUGCGCGCGCGCGUGGGAAUCGACGUGUGGUUCGAUUUGAAGGUGAAGGUUUUUUUCGAGGAUGAAUGACUGCGACUGUGAAUGGGUGUGUAAUUAUUAAACGAUCGAAUUGUGAGGUUCCUUCAAGGAGCAAGAGUGCGUGCGCGAGGUGGAUGAUGAAUCACGAGCGAAAACAUUGUACUAGGUGUAGUUACGUUUUAGGGAACAAAUUGCAAUAAUUUAUCUACAACGCAACAUAGAUAUGUGGAUGUGAUUUGGAGUCAUUGUUAAGAUUAAUUUAUUAUUGUUACUAGUAUUUAAAUUAUUUAUUGUCUAGCCAAUAAGUGACAACACACACACUCAAAAAAACACACACACACAGAAAUCAGUAAACGAAGAAAAACAGUGGGACGAAGUGACGGUGUAAAAAUGUGAUUAUUUUAAUUUAUUUCG